CUCGAAUUUUCGUCGUCGUGAGCACACAGGAUGGUCCACGAUGUCCACAAGCAGUGGUGGAAAUCGGGCAGAACGUCGGCAUAGCAUAACAAUCAAGAACAUCUCAGCCAAGAAUGCCCAGCAGUUGCGCGUCGACGCGCUGCGUCUCGUGUCGGAAGGCGUCGUCCAGUUGGAAGUUGACUCGAAUGCUGCGUAUGAACGACAAGGCAACAUGGCGUACUAUUCAGAAGAAAACCUCGCGCAACGGCUGGCCAUCCGCAACCACCCGUUGCUAAAACGACUCACGUGCGCACUGUGGCGCCUUGUGGUCACGUCAUCGGCGCCCAUGGAUUUUGACGGAUACACGAUGCUCCUCAUCCGACUGCACAAGAUUUUGAUGGAGCAUUUCAAUGCCGACGUCUCGUAUGUCCAAAUUCGGCUUGAUUGGGACAGCGAUACAAAAGGGCAAGUGGCCCUAGCGUACAAUGCGUUUCAUCUGUCCUUGUUCGAACUCGUAGACUUGUGGUGUGAUUCGAUCCAUGUGGACGACUACAUAUCGCUGCUGUACUUGAUAUUGGACGGCAUUUCACGCGUGGAAGAUUCGACGUUCAAGUUGCGAGCCCUGGAAGACAUUCUGUACACGGAUGUGGUCGACGUCGCCUUGCAACGAACGCUCCGUGAGAUUGAAGCGAUCAUGGCCACAAUGAUCAUCGAACCCGUGGACAAUGAAUACGACAACCACACACAACCACCCGACCAGCUGGUGCCUAAACUCGCCAUCCCAUUGCACUCAGGGACUAACAAUAGUUUCCCCGACUUGGCUCCCCAUCCCACUUCAAAUCAUGCCUCCAUUGACGUCGGGGUGGGGUUGCUGAAUGUCAGCUGCCAUCCCGCACAUCUCAACCCCUCCUUAGCCUCAACACCCCAACUUCAUACGUUGGACCCCCAACUUCCAUUCGUUUCCCCCUCGCUUGAGACAUUCGAGCCGCUUUGCGUUCAGACCAACCCCCAGCUUCAUUUGGACUCGCCGCCGCGACCCCUCGCCCUAGACGACAAAGACCGCCAUAUUUUGACCUCCAUCCCAUCGUUAACACCUUGGGGGGACGACCCCCCCAUGUUGCCGCGAGAAAAAGGCACUCCCAAGCAAACCACGUCGCACCAGUCGUCUUUCGAGUCGCAUAUUUCGCUCCGCCAACUGUCAACAUCUGCUACCGCCACAGCUCCCACCCCUCCAACCUUCCUCCACCAUAAUUCAUCGUCGAUCUUCCGCCAAAUGUCAGUCCUCCACUCAUCUCCCACCUCACCAGGACCAGCGGCGGCAGCUCGUGUAUACGUACCCAUUAAGCCUGUCAAGGCAACUCAACCCCUCGAACAGCGAGAAUUUGGGGGAUUCAGCAUCAAGUCCCCCCGAGAAGUAGCCCCACCCCACCACUCCUCGAUGCCUGCAAAACAAAUUGCUGUUUCAAGCCGACUUCCUAACACCACGUUUGUGGGGGCUCUGUCCACAGCAACCCUUUUGGCCGACUCAGUAGACGAAACCCGCAUAGAGGACAUCCGCAAGGCCUUUCAAGGGAGAAAACGACAGAGUUUUGUUCGCAAGCGGACCCCCCCUCGUCUAGGCAUCCUCGACACCAACCCCCCCGGGGUCUCUGCUGCUGCUGCACCCACGUCCCUACCGCAAAAGGACACCCCCAAACAAGGCAAACCAAAGCGAAAAGCUAUCGAAAAAAUGGCAGUGGAUCUGGUCAUGGCGCUCGCAUCGUCCACGCUGGGAGCAGCACUGGUCGAGUCGCCGACCGGCAUGGCCAAUCAUGGCACCUCGAACGCCGUCGUUCUUUCGCAUAUGACCCCCAAAUUCAGGACUCGGCAGUUGGCCAAGGAAGAGUACGCCCCUGAGCCCCCACAAAACAUUACUGGGGUGGUUCCUACUAGUAAAAGUCUCCCGCCCACGCAUCGAAUGGUUGAUUUGGCCGCUCAAUACAUGGAUGUUGGUGGGGGGUUGCUGCCUCCUCGUCCCAGUGGAGCCACCAAACAUUUGUUACCUCGCUGGCGUCGUACAGGCGCACAACCGGUAGCCACAACGCCAGACAUUCCCCCAGUGGUGAUGGAGGUGUGCGCUGUCCAAGUAGUGCCAAAGUCGCCACAUCCAGAACCGACUCACGUAUUGCCGAGAUUGGGGCAUCGCCCGGACCCAAUCAAAUCGUCCAAACUCUUUGACGAUACCACCCCUACAACUCGCACGGAUAUACGAUCGGCAGUUUCGUUUGACAGCCCAUCAGUACACCGGGGGACUAGCCACACGAGCCACCAUACCGUGACUCAUCCGCGAGUCAGGGGGCACCUCUACCAUUCACCCCCCUCGACGCCAACUGUCGGGCAUGAUAAGGACUCCAACAUUGCAUUGCCAGCCAUUGAACACCACCACAUACCCCCUAAAGAUAAAAGCAGUUCGUACAAAGAAGGGAACGAGGCAAGACAACCAACAGCGACGCAUCCAACUUGUCAAAUGAAACCCCGUCUCAGAAACCCACAGCGCCACGGCGGCGGAUAGUCGACCAGCCGACGCUUCUGACCGUGGAAGCAGGGGUGCCACUCGCAGAGUUUGUCGUCACCCACCUUGUCUGUCCGAUGCCCUUGCCCAUUUAAUACACUCUAUUUAUUCAACACAAA